AUGAGCAGACAAUAAUUUAGGAAUGCAAGAAUGAGUCUGUUUGUAGGCAAUAUUUCAAGAUUGGUUGAGUAGAAGGAUAUAGAAAGAGAAUUUAAGGUCCAUGGUGAUUGCACUGUGGAUUUUAGAGUAAAAAAUAAUGAUAGAUAUGCAUUUAUUUAAUAUAAAAGUGAAUAAGAAGCAGAAGCUGCAAAAAAUGCAUUGCAUUAAAGAGAUUUAUAGGGUAUUGAUAUAGGGUUUAUGAAUUCUGAAAGGAUUGAGAAUAAAUAUAUGAUGAGAAUAGAGAACCCAGAAGAGAUCGACCAAGGGAUGACAGAGGAUAAUCAAGAGGAAAUUAUGAUCGAUUCGAGAGAGAGAGGGAAAAGGAAAGAAAACCAAGAAGGAGAAACUCAAAAAGUAGAAGCAGAAGUAGAAGUCCUAAAAAUAGAAGUAGUCCAUAGUAUCGAGUGUCCAGAAGUCAAAGUGUUGAUAGUGAGAAUGAACCUCCCAGAGACAAAAUGUUAGAAUAUCUUAUGUAUUUUAGAUUGAGAAAGAAAUUGAAAGAAAUGACGAGGAAAACAGACAAUGGAGAAUAUAAGGAUUGAGUAGUGAGCAUUAUAAAAUUAAUUCAAUUACAAGACUUAUAAUUGAUAG